AUGGAUACAGAGCAUUGGCAUGUUCAAAAAACAUCGGCUGGCAUUGUUGGGCUCGGAAAUGGGCCACACUCAUUACUCAGUCAGCUUCCCAAUGACAUGGGUAGUAGAUUCUCGUAUUGCCUAAUUAAUCCUUAUGAUAAAAGUGCAAGAAGCAAGAUAAGCUUUGAAGCUAACGCAAUCUUGUCUAGUGACAGUUCAAUCUUCACCCCGUUGGUUCAAUCCUUAAGCGUAUCUGAAGACUACUAUCACUUUACAUUGGAAGCGAUCAGUGUCAACAAUAGGGGAUUUCCCUUCAUGAUUGGUUCUCAUGAGAAAGGUAAUAUCAUGUUCGACUCAGGCUCAUUACUAUUCUUUUUGCCAGAGGAUAUGUACCAACAAUUGGAAAAUUUACUAAUAAACGAAGUUCAAGACACGCCAAUUCCUCCACGUCCAUCUACUUAUGUAAAACUUUGCUACAAGUACCGCAUGAACUUUAAAUUUCCAACGAUCGUGUUCCAUUUUUCUGAAGGCGCUGACUUGGCUUUGCCGAUGAGAAAUAGUAUGUUGGAUUACGGAAAUCUUAUGUGUCUAACGAUUGUCCCAACUAGUGGUUCUGUAAAUUUAAUUGGGAGCGUAUUACAAUUGCAGACCAUGAUUGGAUAUGAUCUUGGUUCGAACAAGGGCGAGGGAUCUUCAAGAUCGUCCGUGCCAACAAAGGUAUGGCAACCAGGAGUCGACAACAUUAAAAAGGGAGAAAAGCUUCAAUGUGAUCCGUCUGCUUAUAAUUAUCUUCAUGCUUUUCAUGUCGGCUGGCCUUGUUUGAGUUUUGACAUACUGCGUGAUAAACAUGGACUGAUUCGAACUGAGUUUCCACACACAGUUUAUUGCAUUGCUGGAACUCAGGCAAAGGAAGCUUCAUCUAAUUACAUUGGGAUCUAUAAGAUUUCUAAUAUAUCUGGGAAAAGACGGGAUUUGGUUCCCAAAUCAAUUGAUGAAGACGAACACAGUGAUAGUGAUAGUGACAAAGAGGAUGAAAAAGAGGGUGAUGGAGGGGCACCAGUCUUGCAGCUAAGCAAGAUUUCUCAUGAAGGUUGUAUUAAUCGUAUUCGCGCCAUGCCCCAAAACCCUAAUAUUUGUGUAACUUGGUCAGAUACGGGCCAUGUUGAGAUUUGGUACUUUGUGAAUCAUCUAAAAGCUUUGGCCGAGUCUGAAGAAGACAUGAGCGGAGGUGCUUUGCCAGCUUCUUCUACUCAGGCUCCAUUGGUUAAUUUUGGUGGCCACAAAGAGGAAGGAUAUGCCAUAGAUUGGAGUCCUCUUGUUCCUGGAAGGCUUGUAUCUGGUGACUGCAACAACUGUAUUCAUUUGUGGGAACCUGCUUCUGAAACAACAUGGAAUGUCGGUUCUAAUUCAUUUAUUGGGCACAUCGCAAGUGUUGAAGAUCUACAAUGGAGUCCCACUGAACCUCAUGUUUUUGCUUCUUGCUCGGCGGACAAAAAUAUAGCAAUUUGGGACAUUCGGUUAGGGAAGAAACCGGCAGCUAUAAUAAAGGCACAUAAUGCAGAUGUUAAUGUGAUAUCAUGGAAUAGGCUGGCUAGUUGCAUGCUGGCAUCUGGAAGUGAUGAUGGUACAUUUUCAAUUCGCGAUCUAAGAUUGCUCAAGGAUGGAGAUUCAGUUGUGGCUCACUUUGAAUAUCAUAAACAUCCGAUCACAUCUAUUGAAUGGAGUCCGCAUGAAGCCUCUACUUUGGCAGUUUCAUCUUUGGACAAUCAACUGACAAUAUGGGACCUUUCUUUAGAAAAAGACGAAGAAGAGGAAGCAGAAUUCACAGCUAAAACGCAGGAGCAAGUAAAUGCACCUAGUGAUUUACCACCACAGCUUCUAUUUGUUCAUCAGGGGCAAAAAUCUUUGAAAGAACUCCAUUGGCAUUCACAGAUCCCCGGAAUGAUCAUAUCUACUGCUGCAGAUGGUUUUAACAUCUUGAUGCCUUCAAAUAUAGAGACUGCCCUUCCUCCUGCAGCUGCCAAUUCUUGAAGAACACUUAAAUAGAGCUUUUUUUGUAUUUUUAAUUUCCUUCUGAAUGGAAUUUUGGUCUUGUUAUAAGGAUUUUUUUCCAUCUUUAGAUACUGAUUGUGCUGAUAGUUAUAUAAGUAUGGUUUUGUUUA